AUGGACACUUAUGCGGUAACAAAGGUGUCACUCCUUCUCUGGACAAGAAAUCAGCAGUUUGAUUUCGUUUACCUGGCAGGCAAGUCGGGUGAACCUGAGAUUUCGGCCGUUGAAGAGGAAGGACAGGUAAUCCCGAGACUCUUCUGCCACUUGUACCUGCCAGUAUCCGGCGCUGAGGUCGACGGUGGAGUAUAUGGUCUUGCCAUGGAACGUCUGCAACACCUGAUCGAUCUGGGCGGGAGCUUCACGGUCGUCGUCAAGAAUCAUGUUCAGCUGGCGAGCGUCAAGACAGAGUCGGGUGGAGCCGUCCUUCUUCGAAACGCAGCAUAG